AUGGGAAGGGGGAUUGAGGUGAAGCGAGUGGAGAGCAAUAGUAAGAGGCAAUCCACUUAUUGCAAACGAAGAUGUGGAAUCCGGAAGAAAGCCCAGGAGAUUUCUGUGCUAUGUGAUAUAGAUAUUAUCCUUCUUUUGUUUUCCCCAACUGGAAAACCAACGCUACUUCAAGGUGGAAGUAGAUGCCAUCAUGAACUUGAAUUUUGGGUCAUGACAAUCCACAGUACCUGGCAUGAAGAGCCUUUACUCCUCUAGAAGAUGCUCUUCAAUUUUGAUGAAAUAAUUGCAAAAUUUGCUCAAUUGACUCCUCAAGAAAGGGCAAAAAGGAAGUUGGAGAGCCUUCAAGUAAGUCUGAUAUUCAUCACCACUAUGUGUUUUCCUCUUUCUAUGGUUUGUCGUUACUUCUUAAUCCACUUGAAAGUGCUAACAAUGCUAAUGGUUACACUCCAGACAUUGAGGAAGACUUUUAAGAAGCUUGACAACGAUAUAGGCGUGCCAGAGUUUCUAGAUGCUAGUGAUCCAUCAGUUGAAGAAUUGCAAAGCCAAGUGAAAGUUGUGCAAUCUCAGCUUACUGAUUUAGAAAUGAGACUCAACUGGUGGAGCAAUCAUGAUAAGAUAAAUAAAGUGCAAGAUCUCGCGCUGAUGGAGUGUGCACUAAGGGAGUCACUUAAUGCAGUUCAUGUUCGGAAGCUCCAGAACACGACACAUUUGCAUCUUUUGAUGAACAGUGAAGUAGAUGAGCAAACUCAUCCAUGGCAUCCAGAAAAUAAAAUCCUGCACAUGCCAUUCCCUCAGACACCAAACAUUCUACCCCAGGAAAAUAUGGGAUACUCCGGAGAUAAUUCAGUUGCUGAAUCUUCUCAUGUUCUGGACUCUGGAAAAGUUGAUCAAGCAAGACAGGCCACAACUGCAAUGCUAGAUAACAGUGUCUUGAAUGAUCUAAAUAGUAUAGCAUGCUUGAGACAGCAACUAAGUGAGCAGUAUUCAUACAACCCCAAUUAUAAUCUUGAUCUACUGGAAAGGAAAAUAUUGGAUCCUCAAAGUGAUGCCAAUUUGAAAGGAUAUUUGAUGGAUUAUGAAUUUCAAAGAAACUUUAACCUAACAAGGUCUGUGGAUUCAGUCAAUUAUAGUGCAGCUGAUGCCGUUGUUGUUCCAGAUUUCGAUGAAAAAUCAUAUGCACAGCCAGCAACUUCCAGUGAUUAA